GUUCAUCGCACCACCCCUCUAAUUCUUUCCACUAAUCUUCUAUCCAUCCCCGGAUUGCUAUCAUUUGCUGGACACUCUCCUCAACUCUGCGACCCCCCGCUCCCGAUCUAACUCCCGAUCGUCCGUGAGGAGGCCCGUCUGCUCCGCCCCAUCCUGUCGCACCAAGCUCGCUUUGCCGCUCGUGAACUGUCACCAACCCCCCCACCAGCCCCUAGAUCGUGUCGGCGCCGUCCUUAUUCCCUAAGGUUAUCCGAUACUGUCUUUUGCUAGUCGACGUGGAAGCGAUGGUCACCCGAACAUUUCGCUGAUGAGCUCCAUGAUUGAGGGCUGUGAUGACGGGGCACGAGAGGAUGAGCUCGACCUGGGUCCGGAGGAGGACAAUAUGCACCCGAUAGCCAAUGGCGUCGCAGACGAUAGCUCGUCACGACCGCAGAAAGGACCGGAUGCAGGCGCAAUGGCCGACGGGGAGGAGGACGAGGAUCUCCCGAAUAUAGACACUCAGGACCGUGCCUCGGCCCAACCCACCCCUACACCGGUUGCCGAUGCGACUGAUGGCGUCUUGCCCUCGCCCCGUCCUGGCCAGCUCGAUGGAUCCGGUAGCAUGGACGAGACCACGUCCACUCCCGAUGACACCCCGUCGCUACAUGGUUCGCUUCCCUCCUCGUUAAGCAGCAGUGCGCUGGCACUGCGGAGCUCCCCUCGACCCAGCCCCAGUCCGUCACAUCGACCCUUCGAUCUUCGUUUCCAAUCCCGUUUGUCCACCUCAUCCUUGGGCGGUUUCCGGCCAUCGUCUCCCUUCUUGUCCCACAUCCAUUCUCGGAAAUCCUCUCUUACCAGUCGCCUAUCCCCCGGCACCCCCGACAUCGAUGCGGACCCCCAGGGACCCUGGGAUGUUGUGCGGUGGACAAAGCUGCGGAAGAUCACCGGCCAGGCGUUUUCCGAGGUGGGCAAGAGGAACUUCGGGCACCCGUCGUGCUUAGCGGUGUCGACCGCGAUUGUGAUCGGGACCUCGAAAGGCGUCAUUUUGGUAUUCGACUAUCAGCAGAGCUUGCGAACGAUCAUUGGCACUGGUACAAAAGCGGUGGAGUGCGGGGCUAUCACGGCGUUGGCGUUGUCCGCGGAUCAUACAACAAUCGCCGCCGGCCAUGCAUCGGGGGAUAUCUUUACCUGGGAGAUCUCCAAGUCCGCGCGACCGUUCCUACAUAUCCCACCAAUCCCGGCGAAUCAGAUCGACAGCCGAACCGCCGACGGCCACGUCGCGGAUGCCUCGGUCAUUCACAUCGGGUUCCUGGGAAUGAGGCGCACGGCACUCGUGUCGGCCGACAAACGAGGAAUGGCGUUUUCGCAUCUCGCGACUCGGGGGAUGGGCGCGAUCGGUCGGACGGUCAAGACCACCAGGAUCUUGGGCCGCUAUCCGCAGCACAUCUCGCAUGGCAGUCAGCCGCGGAGGCCGAGCUCUGUCCUCGCAUUCUCGCCGCUACCGCUGGGCAACGUCGACCAACCGACGGACUCGCUGGGCUUGGUUGCGAUGCUGACGCCCUUUCUCCUGGUCAUCGUGUCGACGACACCGGUGGCGCACACCCAGCACAAGGUGCCCCGCCCCAGGGAAGUGGCCGCCCACGGCGCAAUGACGGGGGCGCUGGCGUGGUUUCCGGCCAUCCGGCUCAAAGGCAGUCAAUCCCAGACCUCGAUGACGAAGCUGGUGUACUGCUGGUCGAACGUGCUCACCGUUCUGGAUGUCUCCGAACUGAAGACCGACGAAACCCCGGAUCGGGACCGUCGCCCAACGCUGACGUUCAAAUCGCGGAGUCGGUGGAAGGCCGACGAGGCGAUCGUUGCCGUCCAAUGGCUGAGCCGUUCCGUCUUGGCCGUGCUCACCAUCACGCAGCAAUUGUUGAUCCUGGAAGACCAUACCAUGCGCGUGACAGAAGCGGUUGAUCUUCUCAACCGGCAUAUAUACCACGUUGAUUUGUUUUCGGCGCAGCUCCAUUCGCUUGUCGAGCAGUUGGAUGAAGAGGAUACGUCGAUGCACGGCGUGGUGGCCGAUGCCUUCUAUAUGAGCUUCCGCUCCUACAAAGGACGCCUGUUCCUGUUGAGCUAUAACGAAGCGCUCGCCGGGGGCCUGUCGAACUGGGCGGACCGGUUACUGGCAUUCAUGGAGGCUGGGGACUUCAUCGGGGCCAUCAAGCUGGCGACCUCUUACUACCAGGGUAACUCGGAGAAGCUCACCGUCGGCCUGCCCGAUGAAGACGCGCUGAGGGAGCCUCUUGUCCAAACAAAACUUCUGGAGAUGAUGACGGCUUCGUUGAAGUACGCGUUCGGUCGCAAUGCCGAAGCAAGCAACGAGCCACUCGGAAGCCCGCAACUGGAAGAGUUGGCCGAGGUGUCCAUCCAGGCGUGUGUCUGUAUGGCGAACGACGACUUCCUCUGGGACGAGGUCUUCACGUGGUAUGAGGAACACGGAUCGCCCGGGAUCUUCCUCGAUGCGUUGGAGCCGUACAUCGUCGAGGGGACGGUGCGCACUCUGCCUCCGACGGCGAUCAAGGCCUUGAUCAACCACUUUGCGACGAACCAUACCGCCUCUCGUCUGGAGGAGAUCAUUUGCCUGCUUGAUACCACUACGAUCGAUAUUGAUCAGGUGACGUCGCUGUGCAAGCAUCACAACCUGUACGAUGCUUUUAUUUAUGUCUGGAACCGCAGCCUGGGAGACUACGUGGGACCGCUCCAGGAGCUGCUGAGGCUGAUUCCGUCCGACGAAUCCCUGGCCAACGGGGACUCGAUUAACGCCAUCAAACAAUAUACGAAUGCGAUCAAGAUGUUCCCCUAUUUGUCCUAUGUGUUGACCGGCCGCAUCUACCCCACCGGAGACGAGAUGGACGAGACCGAGGCGACCCAGGCCAAGGCCGCCUUGUAUGACUUUCUCUUUUCAGGGAAUCUGUCAGGCACAGACUCCGGGGUUAACGGGUCAUUUGCCGAUCUGCAGACUAUGCUGAAAUUCAGCGCGCCCAGUUUUAUGAGCAUGCUGAACGAAGCGUUCGAGGACAGCUUCUUGAACGAGCAGGAGCCCGACGAGACUCCCUACCAGGGGAGAUCCAUCAACCGGCAGUAUUUGAUCACGAUUCUCCUGCAGGUCAUGAUGCCGCCGGCUUUUGAACCUACAGAUACUAUCUAUCUUGAUAUGUUCGUUGCUCGUAACCAACCGAAAUACCCUCAGUACAUCCUCCUCUCUGGCAGCACAGUACACCAGGUUCUGGAACGGCUGUGCCAGUAUCCUAGCCCCGAGAUGGCGGAAGACUGUGAGCUCAGCGCUGAGUACCUGUUGUCGUUCUACCGACCUCCUGAUAUCCAGACCAUGAUCCCGCUCUUUAGGGCGGCCCGGUUUUUCCGGAUCCUCAAGUCGACCUAUCGUGCCGAGAAGCGCUUCCCUGAGUUGAUCCUCACCUAUCUCGAAUGUCCGAACGAAAAGGCGACGAUCUUCACCUGCUUACAGGACUGUCUUCGCCCGGGACCAACUCUCGGUAAGAAGCAGAGGCGCGGUGUCGUCGAUGUGGUGAAGGAGCAUGCGGGUGAACUCCUUGCCAUCGAUGUGGAAAGGACUGCUCAGACCAUGCAAGACUAUGCCCCCGAGACGCAUGAGACGUUCCUCGGUGCUCUGAAAGAUGACCCCCACGGCCAAUAUCAGUAUCUGUCCAUGGUCGUCGAGCCCGCGGCACAGGCUGGAGCCGAGCGCCGGUCAUCGAAACCCGUUGAGAACUGGAUGGUGGAGCGGUAUGUCCAGCUGCUGUGUCGAUACAAUCCUUCGCAAGUAGCCACAUUCGUGGACGAUCUUCGCGUGGGAGACGUGCGACUCGAGGAGCUCUUGCCGUGGAUGGAGGAAAGCGGCGUGGUGGAUGCGGCCGUUAUCCUGCUGGCUCGACAAGGCCAAGUCCGGGGUGCCAUGGACCGUCUCAUCGGACAUCUCGGGAUGCUGGAGUCGGGCCUGGUAGGCAUUCUCCGAAGCAUUCAAGCGAGUCCCGAUUCCGUUAGCACCGCGGAGGCCAUUGACGAUCUCGUUGAAUCCUUAAACAAGUAUUCCCGGGUCGGGAUCUGGCUCUGUCAAGGCCAGAGCAAGACCGCAACGAAGACUCCGUCCGACAAACAAAAUGGAGCGCGAGCAGACCAACCGCUUUCGUUCGAGGAGAGCCUCUGGCUGGAUCUGAUCGAGUCGGUCGUCCGCAUCGCGAGCAGUGUCUUUUCGCUGAUCCCGCGGGAACAGGCCGACAGCAACGCGGAGGUGAACCGUGCCGCCGCUCCGCUGAUAUCGGCGUUCCGUGCGCUGGUGCAGCAAGUGUUCAGCGCGCUACUGUCCGGCACGAUCCGCAUUGGGGGGUCCAGCGAUCGCAGCGGUAUGGGCUUCCUGCGGAUUCUCCGGGCGUUCCUUACGCGUGCGGCGCAGUGGUCGCCCUCGCUUCUGGAGUUGCGUGCCGUCCUGGCCUCCGUGUUCUCGGCCUACAUCUACGAGAAGUCUCUCCUCGCUCUGGCGAACGGAAUGCUAGAUCGCGACCUGUUUGUCCAUGUGGACGAGGUGACACAACUGCGCCAGCGUGGAUGGCGACCGCGCGGGCAGGUGUGCGAGCUCUGCCGGCAGCGCAUCUGGGGCCCCGGAGUGGGUGCUCGAUACUGGGAUGCGUGGACGCAACGACAGGUCGACUCGCACCAGCACCGUCUCGCCAAACGACUCGGCGAGCGAGACGAUCCCGCGCGCGCCCGCGGCAAGGGCAAAGGGGUCGCUGUGGCGGACACGGGGCCGACCCAGCCUCUCCAUCACACGCACCACACCCAUCAUGACGAACAUGCGCACCCGGCAGACUCGAACGAUGCGACCGCGGGGCCACCCAGUGAUAGCGGAGAGGCGCCCCUUGGACCGGCGGUGGUCUUUUCCUGUCGACACCUGUAUCACCGGCAGUGUCUUGUGGACCGUGCGGAGCAGAUCGGAUCCACGCGGAAACGGGGAUCAGGGGGAGGCGAUUGGGAGAUGCUGUCGUGUAUAGUUUGUCCUGUACAUAGUGAUUGAGUGACGGGGAUGGGUGGCUUGGUGUUGUAGUAAUUACGAUCUCUC